AGGGGUGCGGCUGCGCAGCGGAGCGGGUUGGCCCAGCGCCCCUCCCCUCCCCUCGGCUCUGUGCCCCGCCGGGCGGGGACGGUGGGAGCCGCUGACCAGCCCAGGGCCGGAGCGGUUCCAGGAGGACCCUGGUCUGCAUUCUGCGGUUGCCAGGUAGGUGGAUGUGAGAGGCCGGAUCCUCCCGGUUUAGAGGCCAUCGCGUCGCCGCCGGCACCAUGCUGUCCCCUCAGAGGGCUUUACUCUGCAACCUCAACCACAUCCACCUCCAGCACGUCUCCCUAGGCCUGCACUUGUCCCGCCGCCCAGAGCUGCGCGAGGGGCCCCUGAGCACACCCCCUCCCCCGGGAGACACUGGGGGCAAGGAGAGCAGGGGCCCCUGCAGCGGGACCCUGGUGGAUGCCAAUUCCAACAGCCCAGCCGUGCCCUGCCGAUGCUGCCAGGAACACGGGCCAGCAGCCUUAGAAAACCGGCAGGAUCCGUCUCAGGAGGAGGAAGGGGUGGCCUCUCCCUCGGACCCGGGCUGCUCCUCCUCUCUCAGCUCCUGCUCUGACCUGAGCCCGGACGAGUCGCCGGUCUCCGUCUACUUGCGCGACCUCCCUCGCACCGAGGAUGGCCACCCGCAGCCCAGCAUCGUGCCCCCGGGGCAGGGCUCCCCACUUGCUGCAGCAGGCCCUGGGCCCUGCUCCCCGGACAGCUUCUGCUGCUCCCCCGAUUCCUGCUCAGGCACCUCCUCCCCACCCGGCCCUGACCUGGACUCCAACUGCAACGCCCUGACCGCCGCCCAGGACCUCGCUUCCCCGAGCCUGGAGGACGAGGAGGAGAGUGGGGAGCAGGACCUUCCCACCUCUGAGCUCUCGGAGGCGGAAGAUGGGAAAAUCGAUGUUGGGAAAACGGAGCCCAGUUGGAAAAUCAACCCCAUUUGGAAAAUUGACACAGAGAACGCUGAAGCUAGAUGGAACCUCCCCGACAACAAUAACUCUGGUUGGAAAACCAACGGAAAUACUAACUGGAAAACGGAACCUGGGAAAUUCGACUCUUGUUGGAAAACCAACACAGGACUAGCUGAUUCCGGCUCGCAAACAGAUGCAGGAAAAAUUGAUGGGGGAUGGAGAAGUGACGUCAGCGAAGAGCCGGCGCCCCAUCGGACAAUCACGUCCUUCCACGAGCUGGCCCAGAAGCGCAAGCGGGGCUCGGGGCUGCCCCCGGUGCCGCAGGCCAAGAAAGAUCGCAGCGACUGGCUCAUAGUUUUCUCUCCGGACACCGAGCUCCCCCCCGCCGGCUCGCUGGGCGGCACCUCGGCGGCUCCGCGGGAGGUCACCACCUUCAAGGAACUGCGGUCCCGAAGCCGGGCCCCGCCCCCGCCCGUGCCCCCACGAGACCCCCCAGCUGGCUGGGCCUUGGUGCCGCCCCGGCCCCCACCCCCGCCCGUCCCUCCCCGGAGGAAGAAGAACCGGCUCGGGCUACAACCCAUCGCGGAGGGGCAGCCCGAGGAGGGCAGGGCGGCCAGCCCCGCGGCUGGCGAGGAGGCCCCAGCCGCGAAGGAGCCUGAGGAGCCCGGCGCGCAGAGCGGCCUCGAGGCCGGUCCCCUCCUACUCCCCCGACCCCUGGUUUUCCGGCUCUCUGCCGACGGGCGCCCCCUGUUGGCGGGUGAGGGCGCGGGCGCAGCUGGGUCCCUGCUCCUUGCGCCCCUGGCCCGGCGGCCGGGCGCCGGGCUGCGGUUGCUGGGGGCGCCGAGCCCCCCAAAGGAGCAGCUGCUGCCCGUCCGCCUGUCCCCGGUGGGAGCCUACUCGCCCCCGACGCGGGGGGCCCUACCCUGCCUGGCCAGCCCUGAGCUGGCACUGCUGCUGUCCCCGCUCUUCCCCAGAAGUAGCACCUUCCCCGCCGCGGCUCCCCCGCCCCGCCAGGUACCCGCCCCCCCGCUGUCACCGCCACCUCGUCCGCCGAAGGCCCCUCGCUGGACCAGGAGCCCGCCGCCUCCGCCCAGGCUACUCCGUAGUUCCUGGUCAUUCGCCGGUGUUCCCCGGGCCCAGCGGCUGUGGAUGGCAGAAGCCCGGAGCGGGACCGGCCAGCUGCAGGAGCAGAAGAAAGGUCUCCUGAUAGCCGUCAGCGCCUCGGUGGACAAGAUCAUCUCGCACUUCGGGGCGGCCCGGAACUUGGUUCAGAAGGCCCAGCUGGGGGACAGCCGGCUCAGCCCGGACGUGGGGCACCUGGUGCUGACCACCCUCUGCCCGGCGCUCCAUGCCCUGGUGGCGGACGGCCUGAAGCCUUUCCGGAAGGACCUCAUCACCGGGCAGCGCAGGAGCAGCCCCUGGAGCGUGGUGGAGGCCUCGGUGAAGCCAGGCUCCAGCACCCGGGCCCUGGGAACCCUGUACAACCAGGUCUGCCGUCUGGCGCCGCUGAGCAGCAGCCGAAGCCGCUUCCAUGCCUUCAUCCUCGGCCUCCUCAACACUAAGCAGUUGGAGCUGUGGUUUUCCAGUCUGCAGGAAGAUGCAGGCCUGUUGUCCCUGCUGUACCUGCCCACUGGAUUCUUCUCCCUGGCCCGGGCCGGCUGCCCGUCCCUGUCCACAGAGCUGCUGCUGCUGCUGCAGCCGCUGUCGGUGCUCACCUUCCACCUGGACCUGCUCUUUGAGCACCACCACCACCUGCCCCUGGGCCCGUCUCAGGCCCCCGCCCCGCCGGGCCCACCCCCAGCCCUGCAGCAGACUGUGCAGGCCGUGCUGCACUGGGGGGGGCGGCUGGCCCAGACUCUUCGGGGGGCUUCCGGGGAGGCUGCUGCAGAUGCCUCGGCUCCUCCAAGUUCCUCCGCCGCGGGCAGCUGGUGGGAACAGCUGACCCAGGCCUCCCGGGUCUACGCCUCCGGGGGUACCGAGGGCUUCCCUCUGCCCCGGUGGGGACCCAGGCGUCAUAGAGCUGCAGCAGAGAGUGCGCACGAGAGACCCCUGCCCACGGAGGAAGCGGCACCAGGCAGAGGCGUGUGGCUCGGGAGGCUGUUUGGAGUGCCUGGCGGCUCCGCAGAAACUGAGAGCGGAGCCCUGAAGUCCAGGAGGCCGUCCAGCUGGCUGCCCCCGGCUGUGAGUGUGUUGGCCCUGGUGAAGCGGGGGGCCCCUCCUGAGACGCCCGCUUCUCCCGAGGAGCCCGAGGCCCCGGUGCCCAGCCUGGUGCAGGCCCACAGGACGGUUCGGGCUCUGUGUGACCACACCGCUGCGGGCCCUGACCAGCUGAGCUUCCGGCGUGGGGAGGUGCUGCGUGUCAUCACGACGGUGGACGAGGACUGGCUGCGCUGUGGGCGGGACGGCUCAGAGGGGCUGGUGCCUGUUGGGUAUACCUCCCUUGUCCUCUAGCCCAGGGCGCGCCCCCUGCCUGCACGUUUCCCUCCUGCCAUCUGGGAAUGGAAUGGCCUGUGAACACUGAUCCACGACAACCAACCACCCCAGAAGCCUCUUCCCUGUCUGCAAGAUGACAAUUGUUCCCACAUGCACUUCUGCUAAAAAUAUUUAAAAUAUUUAAAAUAAACUUUCCGUCUUCCCUCCCAUGCCCAUCUGUAAGGUGAAAUCUGCUUUUCUUCCAAAUAUAUAACAAGGAAUUCCCCUCCAUGAACCCCCUCCUCUUUCCCACCUGCAUAUGGGAGCGGCCCCCUCUCUGCGACAUGGCCGUCUGUGGGCCGCCCUCUGCUGCCUUCCUCCCCAAGUGGACUGUACCAGUGUAGUACGCGCCCGGCCCCUGAGCCCGAAGGGCCUCUGGUCUCCUUCCUGUGUAUGGCAUCUUCCCCACACUCCUCCCCUCAUGUCGCCUGUAUUGAUGUCCUACUCACGCUGUAUGAGGUGCUGACGCCUGGACACCCCUGGCGGGUGGGCCUGUGGUGGUCUGCCCCUUUCCCUUUGUUCCAAUAAAGUGUGGGAGUUGA